CCAGCAUCGGCGUUGUCCAAUAAGUGCUUGCGUGCGAGUAGGGCUGCGCGGAGCCUGGCGGGAACCGCUGUGCGGCAGACGACGAGGGGCUGAGCAGCGGGCGACAUGUUCCAGGUUUCGGAGAGCGAGGGUGGCCGAACCGGCUCCAGGGCCAUGAAGCCUCCGGGAGGAGCGUCAAGCGAUCUUUUCGGAAGUCCAGAAGAAGGUGUUCCUUCAAGCCGACCCAAUAGGAUGGCAUCGAAUAUUUUUGGACCAACUGAAGAACCUCAGAACAUUCCUAAGAGAACCAACCCCCCGGGGGGAAAAGGAAGUGGUAUCUUUGAGGAAUCAACACCUGUGCAUACUUCACAGCGUCUGAACCCACCUGGUGGGAAGACCAGUAACAUUUUUGGGUCGCCAGUGACCACCACUUUACCCUUGGCACACCCAAACAAACCCAAGGACCAUGUACUCUUGUGUGAGGAAGACCCAAAAUUGGACCUUAAAGCCGCAACGAGCACCUUGCCCAGAGAAGAGCCGGGUGAGAAAGGCCGCCGGAGAGAAGCAGACGGUGCUCAGGAGCCCCAGGCCCCGCCCACGGUUGACAGCCAUGAGCCCCGGUUGGGCCCCCGGCCUCGAUCUCACAACAAAGUCCUGAAUCCACCUGGAGGCAAAUCCAGCAUCUCCUUCUACUAGAGAAGCUAUUGCUUCCCCUGUAGCCAGAUAAGAAACUCGAAAGAUAGGAUUUCAAAUAGUUUCCUUUAGUCCAAAGGAAUGGGGGUGGGGAGAGGGUCUGUUGCAUAUCUGAAGCCGCUGCUCAGGUUCCGUUGCCCCCGAGAGAGCCGCAGAGGACCACACCUUCCAGACGCCGAGAAACGUAUCUCUGGGGGAAAUGUGACUCCUUGGUGAACAGUCUGAUUUUGGAUGUGAGGAACUCUCAGGUGGGCCGGGUGGGGAGCUGGUGCGAGGCCACGGGACCCAGAUGAAGUGGGAUCUCCCAUGUCCCUGCGGCUUCAGCAGUCUGCCAGCCAGUGCUACCUAGAAAUCGCUUAACGUAGUAGCAGAGUUUAAAGCCUCAGAAAUCUAGAAACACUUUGGACAUAAACCAAAAAGUUAUUGUAAGUCUUACACUUUAUGGAGAGAUUUUUACCCCGAUCCUCUGUGGUGAUCUGACAGGAAUCUGCCUUUCGCUCAUGAGGGGCUGGUCUCGGUCUAUUCUCAGACUGGUUUUGCUUGUGAAUUGUUUCUUUUUUUUCCUCUCAUCGCUAAGUCUUGGCCUUUGCCCUUUACCAGCAAAGUGGACAGUUCCUCUAUCUGCAAGGCCCACUGACUUCUGCAAGACUAAAACUGUCCAGAUACAUCCGGGUAAUUGGGUUAUUUAAAUCCUUUAUGUGUCUUUAUUCCUGUUGACAUUGGGUAGGAGAGAUGCUUGAGAGCCUCGGAUUCUUAGGUUUGAACUCUUCAAUAUAACUAAAGAGCUAUUCUUAAACAGCAGCUUUACAUAAGUGACUAUUGACUGUUCUAUUUUGACACCUUUCUAGGAAAAAGUUACUCAGGUAUACCAAAGAAGAAAAGUUUGCCUAGGCCACCCUUUAUAAAGCUCUGCAGAACUUCUGGACUGUAUUCCUUUUCCAGAAGAGACUUGGAAGCCUUAGGCUAGGAGGAGAUUUACUAGUUCGACAGCAAAGCCCCAGCUGGCCGGCUGAGUUGCUUUACUUAGGCAGAAGUUUCUUACAUUCGGCCUCCAAGGGUAUAGUCUCCAUUCACUCAUGCUGGACCAGUAGUUCACAGGAGAAAGGGUUUGUGUGGUAGUGGCUUUUGUUAUGGGUGCCUACAGAGCAAAUGCCAGGUGGUAGAACUGUCUUCAUCAUUCUUAAAAUUGAAAAGGAAACAUCUGCGUUGAGUUAUAAUCACAGUGGCUGAGACACUAAGUGCCUGCAGGAGCCGCCUGCCAAACCCCACUUCUCACACCUGGCACACGGAGGGGACCUGCAUGUGGCUUAGUCAACCAAAGAGUUUCCCUCCUUUCAGUUGUCGUGCUGACUUUGCAGCAAAGAAAUACUCGUUCCAUGUGACUUUAUCAAGUACUUCCUGUCUCCGUGCUUCAGAUAGUCCCUUUUUAAGAAAUUCAUUUGGAACUCAGAGCUUUUUUUCCACAUUAAGAUGUUGUAAGUGGUGCUUAGCCUUUUAAGGCCAAAUACACUGAUUUGUUUAACUUAAAAUGAAAUGUGCUAAUGGUGGAAAUGAGCUGCCAUUUAUAACUACAUUUAUUUUUCACAUACAAGAAAAUGGUUUGUGAGUUCCAAAUUGGGUUGCUAGGAAGACCCUGACGUACUGCUGGUCCUUGUGGCUUCACCCCCACUGUCAGCCAAAUGACAGGAGGAACUCCAGCUCUGUCCACUGGUGGGGAUUUCUGGGGCGGAGAUGGGGAAACCGAAGAUGGGAAGAGAGGCCCAGGGCGAUGAGGAAAGCAGGAGCUAUAGCAGGAGCCUCUGGGCAGCAGUGACUACUCCUGCCUUUUCUCUUCAUCUUUACCCCCUUUUCCUCCCUGGGGCUGUAGGAGUGGGUUUCCAGUGUCUCCAUAGUCUGGUCACCGGGAGAAGCAGAAGAGGAGUUUCUGCUCCUGUGAGCCCGAUGGGGAUGGUCAUCUGUAUUUGGAAAAUGCUCUAGACAUUAGGGCUGUCUGUGUCUGGAAGACUGAUUAACUAUUAGCAUCCUGUUCUCGACCUCUAAGCUGCAUUGAGAAAUUACCAGUCUGUAUUUUUAUUAAGCCUUAAAACUUUAUGUGCAUUUGGUGCCAACUUUUUUCUAGAGCUGUAUCAAAAAAAAAACAAAACUGUACUUACAUGACGAUGUAAUUUUGAUAAGAACAUUUUGUUAUUUUCACAAGGCAGAAUUGGGUACAACAGUUGGAUUAAACUCAGUAAUCAUGUA